AUGGGGAGGCCAAGGUGUUUCUUGGACAUAAGCAUUGGGGGUGAGUUGGAAGGGAGGUUGGUGGUGGAGCUCUACGACGACGUCGUCCCUAAAACCGCCGAGAACUUCCGUGCUCUUUGUACCGGCGAGAAAGGCGUUGGUCCCAAUACCGGUGCUCCCCUACAUUACAAGGGCUCUUGUUUCCAUCGUGUUAUCAGAGGUUUAUUGGUACAAGGUGGUGAUAAUUCUGCUGGAGACGGAACCGGUGGAGAAUCUAUCUACGGUUUGAAAUUUGAAGAUGAAAAUUUUGAUCUCAAACACGAGAGGAAAGGAAUGCUAUCAAUGGCUAACACUGGCCCCAAUACCAACGGCUCUCAGUUUUUCAUCACUACAACUCAAUCCUCUCAAAUGGAUGGAAAACAUGUUGUAUUUGGUAGGGUAAUCAAAGGAUUGCAGGUGAUUCGAUCAAUUGAACAUGUCAAGACGAGCGAAAAUGAAUGUCCAACCGUCGAUGUUCUAAUUGCUGAUUGUGGGGAAAUACCUGAAGGGGCAGAUGAUGGAACAUCCAACUUCUUUAAAGACGGUGAUAUUUUCCCUGAUUUGCCAGCUGAGCUUGAUACUAAACCCGAUGAUCUUUCCUGGUGGAUGAAUGCUGUUGACUCGAUCAAAGCUUUUGGGAAUGAAAGAUAUAAGAAUUCUGACUACAAGAUGGCAAUGAGAAAGUAUUGCAAGGCUCUCCGUUACAUGGAUAAGUGCUGGGAAAUGGAGGAACUGGAUAUAGUGAGGAGUGACUCAUUGAGGAAGAUUAAGUCUCAGAUAUUUACAAAUUGUUCGGCCUGUAAACUGAAGUUAGGAGAUCUCAAAGGAGCAUUACUAGAUGCAGAAUCUGCUAUUAGAGACGUUGAAGACAAUGUUAAAGCUUUCUAUCGUCAAGGCCAGGCAUACAUGGCACUCAAUGAGAUCGAUAAUGCAGUUGAAAGUUUCAAGAACGCAUUGGAUUUGGAGCCCAAUGAUGGUGGUAUAAAGAAGGAGCUUGCUGCUGCGAGGAAAAAGCUAGCUGAUAGACGAAACAAGGAGAAAAAGGCGUAUUCAAGAAUGUUCCUUUGAGUCAGAGCACGUGGGUAAGUCAAAAGAAUUUCAUUAGUUUCAUUUUAUCUAUGAAAGGCUGAGCAUUUUGUUUAUGAUGUCAAUUACAGUCUUAUAAGUCUAUUUGCAACAAGUCUUUGGUUAUCUUGUCCGUGCGAUGAAUUAAAUGUACUUAACCAGAUUCUCAUCAUGAUAUGAAUUUUAGCAUAAAAGUUUACCUUCUGCUGUAAUCCGUCAGAAAUAAAUUGUUUCGUGAUCUCUUCUGUCUCAUCCCUGCAUGUAAAUAAUUAUUUAUAAGUGACUAGUUUUUCACAAAACAGUUGUAACAGUAAUUUGUCUUCCAUGAUACUGUGCAGGCACCUUUCUCCGGAUUGCAGAUAACUUUUGCUAGUCUAAAAUGAUAUUCAAACAUCAAAUAGAAAA